UUCGCUUCCUGCGCCCGCCAUUCUGCCCCGUCUCGAUCACUUCUCCACUCUUCCAUUCGCCUCUUCAAAUUUCUCCUCCAUCCUUUUCAAAUUCCCUAUUCCCGCCACUCUCUCACUCCUUUCUCUAUCCCUCGGUAUCGUCUUCUCUCUCUCUCACCUCUUUUCUUCAUCCAACCCCUCCAUCUUUCCGCAAUCUAAUCAUUCUCCUCCCAUCGAUGUUUCGUAAGCUCUAGGGUUUUCCUCAAACGAAGCUCAGUAGCUCAGUGUUCGGAUUUGAUGACAAUUUUGGCACUAAUUAUCUAAUCUGACACCUUUUUCUUCAUUUCGUCUUUCUCUAUUGGACCCAAUUUCGUUUUGUCGCCUCGGUCAGGGGACUAUCUAGCUCGCGGUUAACUGGAUUGUUGUUAAUUUUUGAUUUCUGGUGCAGAUGGAGCGGCUCAACUCCGAGAUAUACGAAAAGUACAAGAAGUUGAAGAAAAGAAAGUUGCUGGAUGAGGAGUGGGGCCAAAAAAGAGAUUCUGAUAUAAGGAAUUUUCAAUCCGCUACGGAGGAUUUGAUAGAAGAGUUGAAGAAUGAAAAUGACCGACUGCGUGCAGAGAUAGUAUGCGUGCCGUGUUGCAGAUCUUCUAUGCAAGAGCAAUAUGCUGAAUGUGAAAAGCAGCUUCUUGAAGAGAGCCACAGGGCGAAAGAACUCUCUAAUGAAGUUGGGAGGCUUCAGAAUCUUUUAGCACAGAAGAAUGAUGUUAAUGACAUUGCACUGCUGAGGUCUUCUAAUGCAGCUCCUAUGGUCCUAUCAAGAGAGAAAUCCGAAACUCCGAAAAAGAAAACACCAAACUCAUGCACAAAGGAAAGUGAGAUCCAACACGAAGAGGGAGCUAUUUUUCCUUAUGAUGGUGGCCAUCGAGAGGAGCAGAUUGUGCCAGACUGCUGUAGAAGAAACUUGUCCAGUUCAGGAGGUGCAGCAGGAAAAGGCCAAAAUGACUGUGUGUUUCAAACUCUUAUUGGGUUCUUGGUUGGCAUGAAAUUUUCCAUAGACUGUCAAAUGGAAGGGCUGAGUUUUUCAGUUGUUCAUCAAAUGAGUGAAUGAUUUACUUGCAGGCUAUACUUUUAGCUUGACAUGGAUAAGACAUGAAGAUCGAGAAGGUGAGCUGAUGUACCAUGUUUCCUCAUUGGGGACUCUAGAGAGGAUAGCUCUGGAUUGGAUGAAGGAAGACGUGGUUUUCAGCAUGACCAUGUGUCCUGUCUUCUUUGAAAGAAUAUCAAGAGUCAUUGGUCGCCAUUGAUUGAGGAUUGAUCCAUCCUUGUCUCUGCCAGCCAUAGUUACUAUGAAACUUGUUGCUCCAAAUUACUGUAUCAAAUCUAACGUCUCAUGUGUUGGUUUAAGUGUUGCUUGCACCGUUUUUUUAAAACUUAUUGCUCCUUUUUUAGCACUGAUUACCCAUCCUUCUCCAAAUUCCUGACAGCCAACUCUGUAUUCUGUACUGGAAUCAGACCCCAACCCAUAAUUUUUGUAGGGUUAUUAAGUUGAGCAAACUUAGAGGUAUCCUUUUCUAGAAAUGAAGACUCACAACCUAGCCUAAGUGAAACCUUGUUUUGAGUCAGAUGAAUCAAACCAAAGUUGUGUUUUAAGGGGUAAACUCUGGAUGCGGGUUUCAGUUGCCAGGUUUGUACUUCAGUUGGAUUUAGUUUUAUUUUCAAGUAUUUAUAUGAAGAAGGUAAUGUUCUUUUGGUUGGUA